AUGUCCGGCGGCGUACGAUCUUCUCCGGGUCCUUCUCAGCCGCCGCCGCCGCCACCGCACAAUCCGCCGUCAUCCCCGUCCCCGGCAGCAUCUGUGCCGGUGGUACCACCCAUACGUCGACACUUAGCGUUCGCCUCAACAAAACCGCCGUUCCACCCCUCGGAUGACUACCAUCGAUUUACCCCUUAUUCCCUCACUAACAAUGAUAGAAGCCUUGUUAAUGUCUGCGGAGUCGUAGAUCGGGAGGAGGACGCCGUCGUUGUUAGAUCUCCUUCACGGAAGAGGAAGUCGACGAUGGAUGUGGUCACCGCUUCAUCUAACAAUGGAUUCACGAGUUCUGGCUUCAGUAGCAUACCCAGCAGUCCAUGUCAAACUCCAGUUUCAGGGAAAGGAGGCAGAGUCAACAUCAGGUCAAAUGCCAAAGGAAACAAGUCAAUUCCACAAACGCCCAUCUCAAAUGCUGGUAAGGAGUUCUUUAUCCCUGGAGUUCUUGAAUGUGUAAAGCAACUAAUAGGUCAAAGAGCUGAUUAUCUUCUUGAUACAGCUGUAGGUUCUCCUGCUACACUAACUCCAUCUGGAAGUUGCCGUUAUGACAGUUCUUUAGGUCUCCUUACAAAAAAGUUCGUGAAUCUAAUUAAACAAGCCAAAGAUGGAAUGCUGGACCUGAACAAGGCUGCAGAGACAUUGGAGGUGCAGAAACGGCGUAUAUAUGAUAUCACAAACGUUCUGGAAGGGAUUGAUCUCAUUGAAAAGCCUUUGAAGAACCGAAUACUUUGGAAGGGAGUUGAUGCUUCGGGGCCUGGCGAUGUGGAUGCUGACGUGUCUAGCUUACAGGUAGAAAUUGAAAACCUGUCUCUCGAGGAGCAAGCACUAGAUAACCAAAUCAGAGAAACGGAGGAAAGAUUAAGAGAUCUAAGCGAAAAUGAAAAGAACCAGAAAUGGCUUUUUGUAACUGAAGAGGAUAUCAAGAGUUUACCGGGUUUCCAGAACCAAACUCUGAUAGCCGUCAAAGCUCCUCAUGGCACAACUUUGGAAGUCCCUGAUCCAGAUGAAGCGGCUGAUUCCCCUCAAAGGAGAUACAGGAUCAUUCUUAGAAGUACAAUGGGACCUAUUGACGUAUACCUUGUCAGCGAGUUUGAGGGGAAGUUUGAAGACACAAAUGGGAGUGUUCCACCAGCAGCAUGCUUGCCUAUUGCUUCUUGCUCAGGAUCUACAGAAAACCACGACAUGGAAGCCAUGACUGUUAAUAAUAACACAGAAACUGCCAUUGAACAUCAGUUGUCACAGGGACAUCCACAUUCUCAGCCUGGAGACACCGCUGACCUAAAUUAUUUGCAAGAGCAAGUAGGAGGGAUGCUUAAGAUUACUGCCUCCGAAGUCGAAAAUGAUGAUACGGACUACUGGCUUCUCUCCAAUGCUGAAAUUAGCAUGACGGAUAUUUGGAAAACCGACUCUGGUAUCGAUUGGGAUUAUGGAAUAGCUGAUGUGAGUACUCCACCACCAGUAAUGGGUGAAAUAGCCCCAACCUCUGUUGACUCAACACCUAGAUGA